CAGUAACUGCCUCCAACCAGCCCGCUCUGCGCUCGCAUCACACACUGGCACCGCGCGCGCACGGUGGCGCACACACACACACACACACACACACACACACACACACAUAAAGAGGUGGCGGCGGCGCUCAGAGCUCCAGAGCGGGCUGGAACGGAUCCCUCAUAUUCCCUUCAUACUUCCAUCUAUUUUUAUAUGCACUAACUCCGCCAUCAUGCUGUGGACAGCGACUCAAGUCUUAAGGAAAUUCUCCACCUCCUCCCAUUACUACCAGAAUAAGCUAAAACUGGCCAUUAUUGGUCAGAGUCUGUUUGGUCAAGAGGUGUACAGUAACCUGAGGAAGCAGGGUCACAAGGUUGUGGGUGUGUUCACAGUUCCUGACAAAGAUGGCAAGGCCGACCCCCUGGCUGUGGCAGGGGAGAAGGACGGGACGCCCGUGUUCAAGUUUCCAAGGUGGCGCGUCAAAGGGAAGCCUAUCCCAGACGUGGUGGACGCGUACAAGUCAGUGGGCGCAGAGCUCAACGUCAUGCCCUUCUGCUCCCAGUUCAUCCCCAUGAACGUAAUCGACCAUCCCCAGCACGGCUCCAUCAUCUACCACCCGUCCAUCUUACCGCUGCACAGAGGAGCUUCUGCCAUCAACUGGACUCUUAUUCACGGUGACAAAAAAGCUGGCUUCAGCGUGUUCUGGGCCGACGACGGCCUGGACACAGGCCCCAUUCUGCUGCAGAGGGAAUGCAGCGUAGAGCCCAACGACACGGUGGACACACUGUACAACCGCUUCCUCUUCCCAGAGGGCAUCAAAGCCAUGGUGGAGGCGGUGCAGCUCAUCGCUGAUGGAAAGGCCCCUCGAAUCCCCCAGACAGAGGAAGGAGCGAGUUACGAGGGCAUCCAGAAGAAAUCCAACUCCAGGGUGGACUGGGCCCAGCCAGCUGAGGCCAUCCACAACUGGAUCCGCGGCCAUGACAAAGUCCCCGGAGCGUGGACUGUCAUCGACGGUCAGCCUGUGACCCUUUACGGCUCGUCUAUGUUGGGGGGCUCGGUACCUGCCGGUCAGGCCCUGGAAAUCGAUGGGGCUUCCCAACCCGGCCUCGUCACCAAGUCCGGGCUGGUUCUGUACGGAACCGACGGGAACGCCCUCCUGGUGAAGAAUCUGCAGUUUGAAGACGGAAAGAUGAUUCCUGCUUCCAAGUACUUCUCCUCAGGAGAAAGCUCCAGUGUGGAGCUGACUGACGAUGAGAAGAAGAUGGCUGAGGAAAUCAGGAACAUCUGGAAGGGAAUCCUCAGCAAUGUGGGCGCCAUCGAGGAAACGACAGACUUCUUCAAGUCCGGAGCCGCUUCCAUGGACGUUGUUAGGUUAGUGGAGGAGGUCAAGCAGAAGUGUGCAGGCGUCCAGCUGCAAAACGAGGACGUGUACAUGGCCACCACCUUCCACGACUUCAUCCAGAUGUUCGUCCGCAAGCUCCGAGGGGAGGACCAGGAGGAGGAGCUGGUCGUCGACUACGCAACCAGAGAAGUGAACAACAUGACGGUGAACAUGCCGUACCAGUGCUUCAUCGACGGAAAGUUUGAGGAUGCAGAAAAUGGCAAGAGCUACGACACCAUUAAUCCAACCGAUGGAUCUGUGAUCUGUAAGGUGUCGUAUGCGUCAGUGGCAGACGUGGACCGGGCCGUGGCUGCUGCUAAAGAAGCUUUUGAUUCUGGGCCGUGGGGCAGGAUGAACCCCAGAGACAGAGGAAGUCUGCUCUAUAAGCUUGCUGACCUGAUGGAGGAACACCAGGAGGAGCUGGCCACUAUUGAGUCCAUUGACUCAGGAGCCGUUUACACGCUCGCCCUGAAGACACACGUGGGCAUGUCCAUACAGACGUUCCGCUACUUUGCAGGCUGGUGUGACAAAAUCCAGGGCAAGACGAUCCCCAUCAACCAAGCCAGACCCAACCGGAAUCUGACCUUCACCAAGAAAGAACCUCUUGGAGUUUGUGCCAUAGUUAUUCCAUGGAACUACCCUCUGAUGAUGCUGGCCUGGAAGAGCGCAGCCUGUCUGGCAGCUGGAAACACGCUGGUCCUUAAACCUGCUCAGGUAACUCCUCUGACCGCUCUGAAGUUUGCUGAGCUUUCUGUGAAAGCCAGAAUCCCAAAAGGAGUCAUCAAUAUACUGCCAGGCUCAGGUGGCAUGGUGGGUCAGAGACUCUCUGACCACCUGGACAUCCGCAAGCUGGGCUUCACCGGCUCCACUCCAAUCGGCAAACAGAUCAUGAAGAGCUGUGCGCUUAGCAACCUGAAGAAGGUUUCUCUGGAGCUGGGGGGAAAAUCUCCCCUCAUCAUCUUCAGCGACUGCGACAUGGACAAGGCGGUUCGCAUGGGCAUGAGCUCAGUGUUUUUCAACAAAGGGGAGAACUGCAUUGCUGCUGGACGCCUGUUUGUGGAGGAGUCCAUCCAUGAUGAGUACAUCAGCCGAGUGGUAGAGGAGAUCAAGAAGAUGAAGAUUGGAGACCCUCUGGACCGCUCCACAGACCACGGUCCCCAAAACCACAAAGCUCACCUGGACAAACUGCUGGAGUACUGCGAGACAGGAGUGAAGGAGGGAGCCACACUGGUGUAUGGAGGCAAACAAGUCGACAGGCCAGGUUUCUUCAUGGAGCCCACUGUGUUCACUGAUGUAGAGGACCACAUGUUCAUUGCUAAAGAAGAGUCCUUCGGUCCUGUCAUGGUUGUGUCCAAAUUCAAAGAUGGCGAUGUGGACGGUGUGCUUCAGAGAGCCAAUGGCACAGAGUAUGGCCUGGCCUCAGGCGUGUUCACACAGGACAUCAGCAAAGCCAUGUAUGUCAGCGAGCGACUGGAGGCUGGAACCGUAUUCGUAAACACCUACAACAAGACCGAUGUCGCCUCGCCUUUUGGAGGCUUCAAGCAGUCGGGCUUCGGCAAAGACCUUGGAGAGGACGCCCUCUUGGAAUACCUCAAAACCAAAGCAGUGACUGUUGAGUACUGAGCCACCAGUUUAUUCAUUUACAAUGAACUCUGACUCACUCACUUGCUGAAAGAAAAGGAACUAAUGUGCAUUUUCACCUGGACUGUACCAGCAGCUACAGAGAACUCCGUUGUUCUUCUGGGCCACUUGAGCUUUCUUGGAAAUAUUACACAUAUCUUGAACAAAGGGAAGGUUUUUGUUAUUGUUUUAUACAUGUGAACGUGCAUUGAAAGUCUUACAUUGAUGCCACCCCACCUGUGGGAAGCAAAGCUUUGGUUGACGAUGUUUGCAAAAUCAAGGUUCUUCAGGGUUAAGCAAUGGAGAAAGAAGAAAAUACUGUGAGCUUAAAGACAUCACUCCUUACAAUGUUUGGCCUUUCUUGGCAUCAUGAACUUGUCAAGCUGCCUUCGGUUUUCCCAUUGUACCGUUUCUUGACCCUGUUUCACGGUAUUAAGAGCCAAAACGGAGACUAUUGCCCACCCAGCGGUGGCUAUUCCUUGUCACAGGAGAUGACAUCCAUUCCAAAGCCUGCUACGGAAAUGAGAAGGAGACUACUCAUUUCAGUAGCAGUUCACACAGGAAGAUUUUUAUGUUGAUUUUUGUCCCAAUUUCCCCUUUCUGACAAUAAGUACUACCUGAUUAAUAAGAGGUAUUCCUACCUUGUGUGGUGUGCUAAGAGUGAAUAGAGUCCAUUUGGAAGGAUGUUGGAAUCGCUCCAAACUAAAAUCAGGAAUAUUCAACAUGUUGGAUUGUCUUGGCCCGAUGUGUGUGAUGUUCCCUGAGGACAAACAACAGCCAGCACUGUCUUCAAUAACGCUGAAGAAUCUAAAUUAAUGAGUUACAACAACAUUUAAUUUCCCUUUGGGAUUAAUAAAGUAUUUUUGAAUUUGAAACCAGAACGCAGCCUGUUGAAUGUGACAUGGAACCACUCAGAAUGCGAGGCUACGGAAACAUGGAAUCCUAAAUAAAGAUGACAAAUCCAGAAAGACCAGUGGAUGUCAGAAAUUAGUUUUUUUGUAUAUUUUUUUUCUCUGAUAAACAAUCCAUCGCCGUUGCUUCUUCCCAGUCAGCCAUGUUUGUUUACUCUGAACUCAUGUUUGGUCUCGAAAGGUUGUGCGAGAUUUCCCGUCUGACAUCUGAAUGUUGUUGAGUGAAAUCAGUUCAUGUGUGGUGUGUUGCUCCUGCUCCUGCAGUGUGGUGGCUCGACAUCACACACUGUACCAAACCUGUUAUACCUGCGACAAGGAAGUAGACACUACUGGGUUUGCAAUAGUCUUAAUUUUGGUCCCAGUAAUGGGCCAUAAUGUCAAAGGAAGCCUUUGAGCUGUUGUGUGUUAUAGCAGAAACUGAACAGUUCUUCACUCUUGGACAAAGUGAAUGUUUUUAUGAUCCAGUGUAUCUGUAUGCAUUUUUAGUCAAAUACAGCCAAUUCUACAUUGGAGCAAACUUGCCACGUAGGGAAGUCUCAAGUUAUUUAACUAUAAGCAUUUAUCCAUAGUUCUGUGAAAUAAACUCCGCCUUCACAUCUGUAA